GUUUUCUGAGCAGCACGAGUUCAAAAAGCCAAAUGAUGAGCGUGCUCUUCACCUGAUGACCAAGUGUGCCCAGACAGUGAUGCAAGAAUUAGAGGAUAUCACCAUUGCUUAUGGACAGAGUGAUGAAUACAGUUUUGUUUUCAAAAAGAAGAGUAGAUGGUUUAAAAGGAGAGCAAGUAAGUUCAUGACUCACGUGGUCUCCCAGUUUGCCUCAAGUUACGUUUUCUAUUGGAAGGAUUACUUCAAGGACCAGCAACUUCUCUACCCACCAGGAUUUGAUGGACGAAUUGUGUUGUAUCCCAGCAACCAAAAUUUAAAGGAUUACCUCAGCUGGAGACAAGCAGAUUGCCAUAUUAAUAACCUUUACAACACAGUGUUUUGGAUGCUCGUGCAGAGAAGUGGUUUGACACCAGUGCAGGCCCAGGACAGGCUUCAGGGCACUUUGGCUGGAGAUAAGAAUGAAAUUUUAUUUUCUGAAUUCAACAUCAACUACAACAAUGAACCUUUGAUGUAUAGAAAAGGAACUGUCUUAAUAUGGCAGAAGGUUAAUGAAGUCAUGACGAAGAAAAUAAAACUGCCAAAGGAAACAGAAGAAAAGGAAGUUGAAGUGACCCGGACUAGGACUAAAGUUGUUCCCCUGCAUUGUGACAUUAUUGGGGAGCAGUUCUGGGAGGAAUACCCUGAGAUCCUGGCUGAGGAUAGUUGAUCUCUGAUGAGUGUUUACAUCUUGCACUGCUUGGGCUCUCGGCAAGUGAGAGGGGAAUGGAUGGUGGCUGGCAGAGUGUAAUCUGUAACCCUCUUCAACAAUAACACUGGUUUUAGCACUGUUGUUGCCUGAAAAAAAAGACACCGGUAUGUUGUCUGACAUGCAAGGAUAUGCCCAUAUGGAA